AGGGGUGGCUGUAGCGAUGAGGAAGGGAUGGUCUCGCGAGAGAAUUGGAGAACCUCGUGGGGUUGACGCGCACAGCGCCAUCGUGAGUUAUUAUAGAUUUCGGCUAUUCCAGGGCUAACGGAGGAACCACCGGAGGAUCUGCCAAAGCUAGUAAUUGAUUAAAUUUAAUUAUCAGUGGUGUUGGUGUAUGACACCGUCGAUUAAUCGAUUACUGAUGGUAAGAUGUGAUCAUCGAGGAAGGCAAUGAGGCAAUCUUGGGUGCGCACUGAUAGCCAAUAAGUACAAAGUGACACAAAAUAGUGAAAACGGAAUCGUUUACACGCUCACAUCAUCCCCGUGGCCAUUUGGUGUAUGUGAAGUAGCUCGUGGUGGGGUUUUUGUUGGUGAAUAGUUCGCCAACAGUAGCGGGAAACACGCGAUAUAGAGGGAAAAGCUUGGUAGAAGGGGUGGGAGUUACAACCACCAACGAGCGAUGGAGCUGUAGUGGGGAUAGUGUGUAUGUAUCCCAGCAUAGGGGUUGGCCCACCUCAAGUGUCUUGUCUCCUAUCAUCUUCUUGUUCCGAGUAUCGUUUACGAAUGAACCGCGAUCGAGCGAUCGGCCACUUCAAUUGGCGACCUACCACCACCUUUCAUAUCCUUGUUUUUACAGUAUCAAACUGUUUACCUGGAAAGUCAGUUUUCCGUCAUCGGUGUUUGAGUAACAAUAGUGAGAGGUUGACGAUGGGACGGUUGGUUGAUUUGUCGAGGAACAAGUUGUUGAAUUGCUGGUGUUUUUGAUGAUAUGCAAGACAUAGGCUGAAGAGAACAAAGUGAUUGACGUUUAUCAGACUGUGAUCUAGGACAAUUGAGUAUUUUUAUUUUCAUCGAUUGUGUGUUAAUAAACGAAACGAAGAUUGUUCGACGCGUGUUGUUCCCGACGGCGGGAGCCGGGAGGGUCGUGGAAGUGAAGGACAAGGAGAUUGACCACCACCCGACGGAGGAGCGGGUGGUGAUUAACGUCACUGAGGAGGAGGACAUGUCGGCUGAGACUGAUAUCGAGGUGGUAUCAGCUGAAGAUCUAGAGGGAUCAAGGAGUAGCUCAACACCAGCUGACAUGUUGCUGCAGGAACGAAGUAAUGGUAAAGGUGGAUGCGGUAUUGGCAGCCAUCCGUUCAGCUUUGACGUUGGAAAAGCAGCGCUGAGACCGGCAUGUAAUCCCCAGUAUACGUCAUUCAGUAUAUCGAGUAUACUCGGUAGACCAGAAUCACCGACAGCCGAUGCAACAGCCGCUGUGUCAAUUGAACGACAGUCUGAUGGUGACAGGGCAUCACCACCUCCAGCAACGACCUCACAGAGACUUGGAAUGUCCCACAGUUCGUCGCCGUCGGAGAGCAGAAUGAUAUCGCCUACUUCGUUGAUACUUCCUGGGGGCCCGAGGUCACCUAUCAGUCGUGGCAAUGAGACGAGGGGUAAUCCUGGUGCUAUUCCUUGGGCGACGAGUGCUACUAGUCCUCCAGCUGGCUUUGCGCAGGCUGGAGAUCCUGUUAAUUCUUUGAUGGGACAUCAGGCGCUAUUAGCUAGAUUAGCGCAGUUGUAUCCAAUACCUGGUAGUUUUUUCUCAUCAUCGGCGCAGUUGCAAUAUCACCUUCAACAGCAGACCCACCACGCAAGACUGCCGACGGUUGGAUGUCAGUCGGAGGCAGCGAAGGCCGACGGCAUUCGCGGACUUCUCGGUAAUGGAGGCUGGCCGUUUCCAUGGACGCAUGGUUUGCAGAGCCUGGAGCAUCAUUCCCAGAGUGACGUGGGGUCACUCAGCCGUGUCAGUCCACCCACUGGAUCCUAUCUCAAACGAGAGGAAUUGGAUGAUGACAAUCCAGCUGACGAUCGUCUUCACAGCGGUGGAAGGAGUCCGUCAAGUGGUGACGAGGGUCACGAUGAUCUCGGUGAUGUGGACGAUGGGCCAGAUGGUGAUGGUGACGGUGAAUCACCAGGUGGUGGUCACUCGUCAACUGGUGGAAGUGGUAGUGGCUCACAGAGUGUACAAGUCAAUGUCAACGACAACAACAAUGUCAAGAGGAAAAAAAAGACACGAACUGUUUUCUCAAGAUCGCAGGUCUAUCAGCUGGAGCACACGUUUGAGUGUAAACGUUACUUAUCAUCGUCAGAGCGCGCCUCAUUAGCUGGACAAUUGAGACUGACUGAGACCCAAGUGAAGAUAUGGUUUCAAAAUCGACGAAACAAGUGGAAACGUCAAUUGGCAGCUGAAUUGGAGGCUGCCAAUAUGGCGCAUGCUGCACAGCGGCUGGUACGCGUGCCAAUUAUCUAUCACGAGCCAAAUUCAACAAAUUCCAGUAAUACAGCUGGUGGAAUAUCGAUACAAUCGACAACCCAGAGUAAUCAAUUGCCAGUCCCCAGUGCUGGUACACAUUCGGUUGGUGUAGCUGUUGGUGUUGGCACAUCAUGUGCACCUUGUACAACAGCACCACCAAUAUUUUAUUCACCUCAUCACUCCCAUCAUCAUCACCAUCAUCAUCCACCCCACGUGCAAGCUCAUUCCCUACUACCACACCAGGUACAUCCCCAACCACCACCACCUCCACCACCACCACCCAAUUCAGCCCAAUCAGCUCAGUCAUCCCAAUAACCCUUUCCAUCACUCUAUCGUCCUGGUGCACUGAGUCAGCGUGAGCUUGAUGCACGAUACACGAGAUUUCUCGCUGCCCCAUCAAUGUGAAUCCAUCAAUGAUGAUCGUGGUGAUGAUGAACGAAAAACAAUUCCAUUAUGUCGCUAAUUGUGUUAAUAAAGAUUAAUAUUGUAAUUAUAAUAUAAAUAUGAUGAUUUAAGGAAACGGUGGAUUAAUCGCGCGAUAUUCAACGCACCGCUUAUCAGCAGACAGGAGCAAAUAAAAAUGAAAAAAAAAAGAAAAAAAAAAGAAAACGAUUCGUACUUGCCCGAUUGUCCUAAUAUUAUUGAUAUUGACGAAUAAAAGACGAUGCUACGUGUCAAUAUACGCGAAUUCAGUGAAUUCAUUCAUUCCUCUGUAUUCCACCCUUCAAUCUAUCACAAAUUGAUGCGCGCAAAUUCCGUAUCCGACAAAUACCAAAGAGGAUGAAUCAUCUAUCCUUUCACUCCCACAUCUUCAACAUAUUUUUGCUCUUCAUCUGGAAAUACAUCAGACAUUACCAUCACUGCACUUCUCUUUUACCACAUAAACCACGGGGGAGCAUCUCAUCGACAAUAGAACACAAGAUCUCUGUACACAGUGCUAAGACCAUCCCAGGGUAUUUGAAAAUCCGUUGAGUAAGUAACACCGGGAGGACAAACAUAAGUACAUGCACUUCAAUCACUGGCUCUCAUACUUCUC